AUGCAAUCUUCAAUUAGUACAUUGGUAUUUUAUCUUCUUCUCGGUUUAGUUUUUUCGCAAGGUGUAGACUGUAAGCAAGCAUCAAAACGAAAGGAUAGAGAAAGACGUAGGGAAGAGGAAAGUUCGACUGAAAAAGCGAAUGUGACAAUAAAUAAUAAUAAGGGAAGGAUUCCGUCCUACGGCGAUUAUCCUUUUGUCGUCAGUGUAGAGACAAGGUCGGGAAGGACACAUGUGUGCAUCGGCGUACUCCUUUCGCUCACACACGUACUCUCCGCCUGCCACUGUUUCUGCAGCCCAAACAAAAGCGGUUCAGCGAUUUUGAAAAAAGAAAACUAUACCGUGAUAGCAGGUUUGACGACCCUGAGAGGAAAACGUUCGUACCAGACCCGAGACGUGCUGAACAUCACCGUCCAUCCCAAAUGCAAAACGUCACACAUCGAUAUAGGAUGGGAGAACGAUUGUGCGGUUUUGCGGCUGGUCAAAAUCUUCUCUAAUACACAGUAUGCACAGCCGAUUCGCAUUUUUUCAAACAUGAGGGACGAAGUUGAAGAAGAAUUCGCCGAUUUGGUCACACAGGGGUUGAAGUGUUCGACACUCGUCCGGCCAGUUUAUGGAAACGUGACGAUCGGCAUGUUUGAAGAGAUCGACAUGACCAGUUUAACCCCGUACAGGUGUUACAGAAGCUUAUGCCUACAGAGAAAUCUAUGCGCGCCUCAUGUUUUAAACAUUGCUCGGGAUGUAUGCUUCACGCCUGUUCAAAAUAUGGGACCCGUCUGCGGAAUGAACACGGCCUCGCCACUCAUAUGUGGCGGUUUUGUAUGGGGUAUGUUGAAAUGGGCGCCUUCGUGCAACAAAACUGAAUCACCUAUGUUAUUCUCCUUGCUUCACUCUUUCAUGGAUUUUUAUGCGCCCUUUGUGUCCUCAGCAAUCACGAAACACUUCCAUUUCAACGUACUGCUCCUUAUUUUACCCCUUGCGCUGCUCUUAUCGAAAAUAAAUUAA